ACGUGAUGAAGAUCUUUAAGAGCAUGCUGCGUCAGUGGACGGCCAUUAAACCUUUGCACCAAACCAAACCAUUUAGUUUGUCAGUUUUUCUCUGCGUGAUAAACAUGUUCUUACUGUUUGGAAUAAUCCUAAUUUGUAACACGUUCCCGUACGUGGUUUUGGAGAAAACGGAAAUACCUUUAUCAGGGCAACUAGUAAGAUUUUCAACGAAAUUUCCCGGAAAUGUUUCAUCGGGAAUCCUGGAAGUGUUGUCACGUUACCAAUAUGGUCAUGUGUGUGGCAGACGCUUCAGUCUUCGAGAAGCAGACGUCGUCUGUAAACAGCUAGGAUUCACCAGGGGUGCUCUAUCAACGAUUUUCGAAUCGACGACCUCUUACGACAGAAGACCUACGUUUGAAGUGAAAUGUGAUGGACGUGCCUUGACGUUACAGGACUGUGAAAUAAGACUUAAAGUGAACUGUCCCGACCUGAACCUCGCCGGCGUCGUUUGUCAUGAAAAUCACGGCUGCCCGGAUGGCUGGACGGCAGGACCUACUGGCUGCUAUGAAAUCCCUGAGAGCAUGGUCACCAGGCGCAGUUACGCAAUCACCAAGUGCCUGAAGCGCAGCGGACAUCUCGUCACCAUAGAAACAGAGCAAGAAAAUCACUUCAUUUCCAAUGCUUUUCGGAACGAGGAAGCUGGUUUCAUCCUCACUGGCGGUUUAAUGAAGGGAUCUCGCUGGUUCUGGGAGUCGGUGACCAGCGACGCGCCUUCUGACAACGGAACGAGGGAGCCAUCGUCGCAGACGACAAAGGAACUGUCACAAAUAGAGUACACGAAGUGGUUUCCUGGUUGGGUCCCUGGCGGCAUAGAAGCCGCUCCAUCCGGUAACAAGCAAUCCGGAUGUCUGUUCCUGUCGUCCGUCUACAACGACCCACUGGGCAGCAUCACCGAUGUCGAAUACAUGUUCUGGAUGGAUGACACAUGCUCGAGCACCCGAAAGCGGAUGUCAAGCGGCUUCCGGUUCAUGUGCGAACGCCCUUUCGAACAGUCGAAGACAGAUGUUGGUUGUUACCGCGGCACGGGUACCGACUACAGGGGGCGGGCCUCUGUGACCCAGAGUGGAGCCCGGUGUAUGAAGUGGACUGACGCACAGGGUAUCACGCCGAACACAUACCCUAAGAUGGGUUUAGGCGACCACAACUACUGCCGUAACCCUGACAAUGACGAGGCUCCGUGGUGCUGGGUAUCCGACGGUGUCUUUGACUUCUGUGAUAUCCCAGAAUGCGUACAUGAAGGCCAGGACAACUACCCUGAAGACGGCCUUGCGACUGUGUGUAAAGAAAACGAAUUUACCUGCAAUGACUACACGUGUAUCCCAGCUUACUGGCAGUGUGAUAUGGAAAUUGAUUGCAGUCGAGGCGAAGAUGAGAACCAGGCAUGCGAAUACGAUCUGGGUGAGUUCGUACUCCGAACCGGGAUGACGGUGCGGGACCAUCUGAUUGAAGUGUACGCUGGGGCCACCAACGAAACCUGCGCCGAUUACUGCCUCAACGCGACCCGGUUUGUGUGCCGCUCGUUCUCGUUCAAGCCUCGGACCCGCGAGUGUAUCCUGUCUGACGUGAACUCCCUCACAACGGAGCUGCGGGCCUCCAGUAGCGAGGACACAUUCGAGCUCCGCAUACAGCUGGCGGGAUGCGAUGGGAUGUUUGAGUGCGACAACGGACGCUGUGUCAAACGGAAGCAGCUGUGUGACGGUCAUGAUCACUGUGGGGACUUCUCCGAUGAGACCGGAUGUGAUGACCAAGGAGAUGGUGGAGUGACGGUGCGGCUUAUAGACGGUGCCUCGCGGCAGGAGGGCCGCGUGCAGGUGUUCUACAAGGGGGAAUGGGGCGGCAUCUGUGACGACGCGUGGGACGACGACGACGCAGCUGUCGUGUGCAGAAUGCUCGGUUACACAGGACCUGCGAAGGCACUAAAGCGACCCCUUCUCGCUGACAUCUCCGCCCCAAUUCUGCUCGACGACGUAGCAUGUAUUGGCUCAGAGGACAGUCUCGUCGAGUGUUCCCACAACGGAUGGAAAGUGCACGACUGCUUCUUCUGGGAGAUGGCGGGAGUCCGAUGCUCCAAUGCAUCCGUGAGGCUCGAAAUGGAUAGGGUCAACCCCUACGGAGGGCGUGUCUUUGUUACACGUGACGGCGUCGAGGGGACAGUGUGUGAUGAUCUGUGGGGCGACGCGGACGCCAAGGUCGUGUGUAGAAUGCUGGGAUACAGUGGCGGUAAAGUCUUAGACGGAAACUGGUUCAGUCCCUCUGAUGUAGACAUACCCAUCCUUCUUGACGACGUCCAAUGUACCGGAAAUGAGACCACCAUUGGCGAUUGCCGCCACGCGGGUUGGGGCGAGCAUAACUGCGGUCACGCGGAGGACGCUGGUGUUCAGUGCUUGCCUCCAAUAACGCAAGGCGAUGACGUCACAUCCGAGGAUAAUGAUAGUGAUGAUAGUGAUGAUGUAACUACAAAAGUAACGACUGCGAAAACUACAACAAAAACGACAUCAAAAACAACAGCAACAGCUGCUAAAACAACAGCAUCAGCUGUUAAAACAACAGCAACAGCUGCUAAAACAACGCCGGCGCCGUCGACAAAAUUCACACAAAAACCUGCCGUCGGAAAACCAAUUGUCGGUUCUCGCGACUGCCUCAAUGACACAAUGCCCUACAUUGGUAAGGUUUCCCACACGGAAAAAGGUUUCCAUUGCCAGGCCUGGUCAUCUGACUCCCCGCACGCACACAAGUACCACGGAGGAUCCAUGUUUCCCGACGGCACCGUGGAGGCCGCCGACAACUUCUGUCGGAGCCCCGACAACGAUACGCAACCUUGGUGCUACACGACCGACCCGGAGACGCGUUGGGAUUACUGCAGCGUACCCAAGUGCAAACGUAACUGCUAUACAGUUGCAUCCGAGUAUACGGGCAACACUUCACAAACAACUUCCGGCAAGGCAUGCCAGCGCUGGUCGCUGGACAUACCGCACCGCCACAAGUACCACGAGAACAGGGCGUUUCCGGACGCCACGGUGGAGGACGCUGCGAAUUAUUGCCGCGCACCGGAUGGAGACGACCAGCCAUGGUGCUACACCGUGAACAUGCAGAAACGAUGGGAGUACUGCGAUGCCCCUAGAUGUCAAGGCGGUUCAUUCAAUUUCAACAUAUCGUGCGGAAUACGUCCUCUCGAAACCAGCCGAAGAAGGCGGCGCGAUGUAAGCCGGUACGCGCCUGUCCGCGACGAAAUGAACGACGACGACGACGAGCUUUCGGAGGUCGACCUGGAUAGCUCUCUGUACCGGAAAAGGGGACGCGUGUAUGGCGGCCAGGAUGCAACCUACGGUAUGUUCCCAUGGCAGGCGCGUAUCCGACGACGACUGAGCACCCUCACCAGCUACCACAUGCACCACUGCGGCGCCACCAUCGUUGGCGAGUACUGGGUACUCAGCGCCGCGCACUGUUUCCGGGAUUUAAUAAGCAGUAGCGUGGUCGUUAUGACUGGCGACCACAACUCCGGCUAUAAGGACAAGUACGAGCAGGAGUUCAAUGUGCUGCGUAUCCUACCACAUCCGCGAUACAGCGACUCUAACUACGACAACGACAUCGCUCUGCUACAACUGUCCCCUAACAACGGCCACGGGAUCACAUUCAACGACUACGUUCAGCCCGCGUGCCUCCCAAACGACACUGUCUCCUACCGAUGGCAACAGAAGUGUAUCAUUUCCGGUUGGGGACAAACGGCCGACGAGUUAAUCAGCGAGCACCUGCAGGCGGCGCGCGUACCUCUGGUUGAUGACGUCACGUGUCAGCGCUUGUACAAGUACACGACCACACCGCGGAUGGUGUGCGCAGGCUACAUGAUCGGGGGUGUGGACUCGUGUGCCGGUGACUCGGGCGGCCCUCUAGUCUGUGACGUUAACGGUCACUAUACGGUGAUGGGGGUGACGUCAUUUGGUGGCGGCUGUGCGGCCCCUAACGCCCCCGGUGUGUAUGCAAGGGUGACGUCAUUUAUGCCGUGGAUCCGAGAAAUGCUUCAAAAAUAUAGCUGAGAUGCAAGAAGGCGAGUAAAUGUGUGACUAGGAUCACAAGGUCGUGUCAGAAAUAUAUUUUGUUAAACUUAAAAUCGCCGGACUCACGCUGCAAUUUGAAAUGUUAUUUUAUAAGUAAAGUAUAAAUGACUGAACAUGUGAAUCCAUUAACAAGGUGAAUAAACGCGAUGUGUUAUUUUACAACUAUAUUACAAAUGUCUGAACAGGUGAAUCCAUUAACACUGUGAAUAAAAAGUGAGCCCUUCGCAGAAUUGUAUGUGAAUUAAAAAGGCUUUUAAGAUGUACCUUUAAAGGCUUUGCAUGUAAUAAAAAUUUACACUGGAACAGCCCUUGGCUUUGAAAACAUAUGUUUAAUCAGUCGACGCUUUGGUGCAUGCUUGAAAAAUAAACAAGAACAUCACAAAUGUUUGCAUAAACUUUUAAUGAACGCAAUAAAGGCGAAUGUUUAAAGAACAAUUUAGUCACAUAAAACAUGCUUAAUAGUUUGUGGUGUGUACAGUAUGUGUAUGGAGUCAAUGAAAAUAAAUCUUGUAUAGACAUGGUGCUUAGA